CGAGCGCAGGGAUUUCGGUUUCCGCACGGUGCAUUUUCCUGGAUGCUGCGAAAACAGGAUUAGGGAGGGUUGAACGGUGUAACAGCACGCCCUAUAUAACACAAGUAACUGUUAUGUAUAUUGUCACUAUUGAACCGACAUAGCUAGGUAAACGAAAUUUAUCGUCCUAUUACACCAGUUGUAAAACUAGUCUUUGUAAUAGCUAAAUAAUUAAUUGAAAUGGAGCGCUGGAAAGGCAGAGUAGCUCUAGUGACUGGAGCCUCGGUCGGGAUUGGAGCGGCUGUUGCACGGGCACUUGUUCAACACGGCAUGAAGGUUGUCGGAUGUGCCAGGAAUGUUGACAAGAUAGAGAAGCUGGCAGCCGAGUGCCAGAGCGCGGGCUACAGCGGCACGCUGAUCCCCUAUAAGUGUGACCUGUCCUGUGAGGAGGACAUCCUGUCCAUGUUCUCUGCCAUCAAGACACUGCACCAGGGGGUGGAUGUGUGUAUCAACAACGCAGGCCUAGCCCACAACGAACCUCUGCUCAGUGGCAAGACCGACGGCUGGAGGAACAUGAUCGAUGUGAAUGUUCUGGCCCUGUCCAUUUGUACCCGCGAGGCCUACCAGUCAAUGAAAGAGCGGAAUGUGGACGAUGGCCACAUCAUCAAUAUUAACAGUAUGGGGGGACAUAGAAUGGUACCUAGUGCAGAUGAACACUUCUACUGUGCCACUAAAUAUGCUGUUACUGCUCUAACCGAGGGGCUACGGCAAGAGCUGCGGGAAGCAAAGACUCACAUCAGAGCCACGUGUAUAUCCCCUGGAAUAGUGGAGACUGAGUUUGCCUUCCGGCACCACAACAGUGAUCCAGAGAAAGCAGCUGCUGUGUAUGAGAGUAUAAAAUGUUUGAAAGCACAAGACAUAGCCAGUGCAGUCACAUACGUUCUGGGCACCCCGCCUCACGUCCAGAUCGGAGAUGUGCAGAUGAGGCCGGUGGAACAGGUGUCAUAGCAACCGAGCAGGAAGGAAUCGGCCGAAGGAGCAGAUGGAGCCAUGGUGACGACUCCUUAGCGACCCCUGCCGGGCAACGACGAAAACAAACUAGUAUUCAACUGGAUUUGGAGUGAAGGGAUCUGUUUGAGGAGGCGUGGAGGUGGCUGUGUGUGUGUGUGGGGGAGGGGGGG